AUGGCUGAAUGGCCAGAGGGGGAGGCGUUACAUUGUACGGGGAGUCGGCCACUCAACCCGCCACUAUUCACCAAUCCCAGAGCCCUGAGGGAUCGAGAUUCUAGACCCUCUGUCGAAUUCCCAUCCCGCUCAUGGCGAUUUUACCACCAGCUUUCGAUUCACAAUUACCGACACCACGUAUUGUGGCUAUCGUAUGUUUUCAAUGCCACUUGA